GAUUGGUUUGCGCUCUCCCUUCAGUAACCCGGAUAAAGAUUUGCUAUAUAGCAGGGACAAUCGAAGGCGGGGUUGUAGUUCAAACCGACAGUCAGUAUUCUGUAGAGAGAACUCGAUUUUGUGCCAUAACGUAGGAACUUAUUUGUAGAUUUCAAAUAUGGCUGGUGGUAAGGCAGGUAAAGACUCCGGGAAGACCAAGACCAAAGCUAUUUCGCGCUCGCAGAGAGCAGGACUGCAGUUCCCAGUGGGUCGUAUCCACAGACACCUUAAAUCCAGAACCACCAGCCACGGCAGAGUGGGAGCCACUGCAGCGGUGUACAGCGCGGCAAUUCUUGAAUACCUUACGGCCGAGGUUUUGGAGUUGGCAGGAAAUGCAUCAAAGGAUCUUAAGGUGAAGCGUAUAACCCCACGCCACUUGCAGCUGGCCAUUAGGGGAGAUGAAGAGCUGGAUUCACUUAUCAAGGCCACCAUUGCCGGUGGAGGUGUGAUUCCUCACAUCCACAAGUCUCUGAUUGGAAAGAAGGGCCAGCAGAAGACUGUAUAACCUGAAGUGCUCUGCAAGUCUGCAUCAAGCGGUUAAAUGUGUUAGAUUAGAACACCUUUUAGGAAUAAUUUGUAUUGAGCUUGCAUUUACUCACCUGGGGUAUUUUUUAAAAGUGGCUUCAGAGAAGCUCUUUUUUUGUUUUUGUUUUUCAGGUGUUGCUGUUUUUGUGUUGAAACUUGCUUUUUGUGGCAUUCCCAUGUUGAAAGUGGUGUUUUAAUAAAGCUCUUAUUGGGCA